AACCCUUUUUUAGACUGGAUGGCCUUAGUAUGCUCAUUAUCAAAUGAAAUUCCGGAGAAGCCAUGUGUCGCUCCGUCGUCUGGCAAUGUUUACGAAAGGCGACUGAUCGAGAAGUAUAUUAGUGAAAACGGGCCCAAAGAUCCGAUCAAUGGCCAGCCGCUGGAGCUGGAUCAGCUGGUUGAUAUUAACUUAGCUCAACCGGUUAAAGCGAAACCUCCGUCUGCUACCAGUGUGCCUGCGAUUCUCAAAGCGCUUCAGGAUGAAUGGGAUGCUGUAAUGCUGAACUCUUUCACGCUGCGACAACAGUUGCAAACCACGAGACAAGAGUUGUCCCAUGCUCUCUACCAGCAUGAUGCUGCUUGUCGUGUGAUAGCUCGUCUAACUAAAGAAGUCAAUGCCGCUCGAGAGGCUCUCUCUGCGUUGAAACCCCAAGCUGGUGUAACACCUAAUAUUUCAGCAGCUGCAAUAACUCCGAAUAACUUGUCGCAGAUGCAAGCGAAAGAAGAAUCGCCUGCAUCUCAGGCGCCAGCACAAGCAUUGGCCCUUGCGGAACCAAUUGGUAUGACAGAUGACAUAAUCGCGAAGCUGAAUGAAAAUUCAAAUCAUCUGACAACUGAGCGAAAGAAGAGAGGUAAGACCGUCCCAGAAGGACUAAACACUGUCGAUGAAGUGAAGAAGUUCGAGAUGAAAGCAUCGCAAUCUGGACUUCAUAGUGCGAGUGUUCCUGGAAUUUUGUGCUUGGACGUAUUUCAGGCGGACGAUUCGAAGAUCUUGACGGGUGGUGUGGACAAACUGGCCAUCGUGUUUAAUCGGUCAUCCGAACAAAUCGUCUCAACACUGAAGGGUCAUGCAAAAAAAGUUACGCAUGCUGUCUACCAUACUACGCGUGAUGUGGCUUUCACGGCAAGUGCCGAUUGCACCGUGGCCACGUGGAACGUCCCGGAAGCGUCGUGCUCCAACGUCAUUAAAGCCCACGCGUUGCCAGUAACUGGACUGAGCUUGCACGCUACUGGAGAUUACAUUCUGAGCUGCUCCGAAGACAAACACUGGGCCUUUUCUGACAUUAACUCAGGACAAGUGGUCUCAAAAAUCAGCGAGUCAGGUGACCAUACCCUAACAUGUGCGCAAUUUCACCCCGAUGGUUUGAUUUUCUCAGUGGGUACUUCGGAUGCAAUGGUAAAGAUUUGGGACUUGAAGUUCACCUCGAAUAAUGCUGUGGCUACAUUCCCUGGUCAUUCUGGACCCAUAUCGGCAAUUUCGUUUAGUGAGAACGGCUACUAUCUUGCUACGUCUGCAGACGACGCACAAAUUAAACUGUGGGAUCUGCGAAAACUGAAGAACUUUAAAACUAUUCAGCUUGACUCGCAGUAUGAAGUGAAGUCUCUAGCCUUCGAUCAAAGUGGAACCUACCUGUCUGUAGCUGGUACAGAUAUUCGAGUCUAUUUGUGCAAACAAUGGGACGAACUUUGUAUUCUGACUGAUCAUUCGUCUUUAGCAACUGCAGUCAAAUUUGGAAACAGCGCGGACUUCCUGUGUUCUACGAGCAUGGAUAGAACGUUGAAAAUAUAUGGAUCGUCGAAAUACGAGCAGAAACGAGGAUAAAUUAUGGCAGAACUUUUAGCAAUGAUUACCUUAUCUUUUUCAAGUUCAUAGGUUGAUUGAGUUUAAAUGUGGCCGAUAAAUUUAAGCCGGUUUAAGGUACCGAUCUUGUAUGAUUUACGACUAGAUGUCCGAGAAAACUUCGCCUAAAUUGAUGGUGAUAUAAUUGACUUAUUGUGAGCAGUUUGAUAUUUGGUUUUCUCAAUUAUGUUCGUCUCUCAUUUUGUUAUUGUUGUCAAUAAUUUAAGCGUCUUUUCGUUA